ACCUAACCCUGUGCCCCCCCUUUUAACCCCCGCUCGCUCGCUCGCUCUCUCUCUCUCUAAACCCCCUCCCUCUCUCUUUCUCUCCCUAGAUUCUUUAUUUAUUCUCACUCUCAGUACUAAGAAGAGGAAGCAGCAACAAGAGAGAAGCCCUAGUCUUCGUACAAAGUACUAUGGAUGCUUAUGCGUAUGGGAAACCCAAGUCGGAUAAUUUCAAGAAAAGAUCUCGUGACCAGUUUGAUAACGGAAAACGGAAGAGACAAAAUCCUUAUCCUAGUCAUGAUCCUAGUUCUGGUCCACCUAAAGUUAUCGAGACGGUUUAUCGUAUUCUUUGUCCUAUCAAAAAGAUUGGUAGUGUUCUUGGCAAAGGGGGUGAAAUCGUUCGUGCUCUCAGAGAUGAAACCCAUGCUAAGAUAAGGGUUGCUGAUGCGAUACCUGGAGCAGAGGAGAGAGUUGUUAUCAUUUUUAAUUACCCAUCAAAACAAUCAGGGGAAGUUGAUGGUGAUCAGGGCACUGAGAAUAAUGAUGUUGUUGGGGAUAAAUUUGAUGACAUGCAUCCACAUUGUCCUGCUCAAAACGCUCUUUUGAAGGUCCAUGACAGGAUUGCUGCCGAUGAGUAUGUUCGUGGUGGAGUGGUGCACGAGAAGACCAAUCCUGAUGAUACUGUCACUGCUCGCGUAUUGGUUCCAAGUAAUCAAGUCGGUUGCCUUCUUGGCAAGGGUGGAACUGUUAUAAAGCAACUUCGAAGUGAAUAUGCUAGUGCAAAUAUCCAUGUUUUGUCUCAUAAGCAUCUUCCACCUUGUGCUAUGAGUACUGAUGAAUUGGUGCAGAUAUCUGGACCACCAACUAUUGUGAAGAAGGCUCUAUAUGACGUUUCUACUCGGUUGCAUAAACAUCCUCGUAAAGACAAUCCUCCUAUCGAUGAUCUUAUAUAUGCGAGUACCCAAGGCUUAUACCAACCUGGUGCUUCCUUGCCCCCACCACCUCAUGGAAAUCCUAUGUGGUCUUCACCACCACCCCCGUGGCAUGGUGAAUAUAGAAACGAGCCAUAUAGAAAUGAACCGUAUAGAAAUGAGCCAUUUAGAAAUGAGCCAUCUGGUUUUCCCCCAAGUGGUUACACAAGUGGACAUUCUGAUAAUUUUGGGGAAGCACCCGAAGAAUUCUCUAUUCGACUUUUAUGUCCAGCUGGCAGAAUUGGUGGGGUGAUUGGAAAGGCUGGUUCAAAUGUUAGACAGGUAGAACAUGAAACACAAGCUAGAAUUCAAGUUGAAGACACUUCUCCAGAGGCUGAAGAGCGGAUUAUUAGUGUCUCCUCUAGAGAGGGUCCUUGGGAUCGAAUUUCGCCAACCAUUGAAGCUAUUCUUCUGCUUCAAAGCAGAACAUGUGCAGCCUCUGAAGACGGUAAAAUCACCACGAGGCUUCUAGUUCCAUCAACCAAAGUUGGCUGCCUCCUUGGACAAGGCGGGAAAAUAAUCUCAGAAAUGAGAAGGCAAACUAGAGCAGACAUUAGAGUUUAUUCCAAGGAAGACAAGCCAAAAUAUACAUCUGCUGAUGAAGAGCUCGUGCAGAUAUCUGGAAGUCCUGAUGUGGCUAGGGAUGCUUUCUUGGAAGUUGCAUCAAGGCUUAGAAUGAGGACUUUCCGAAGUGGGAAUUCGACUGUAAAUCCUUCACCUACAGUCCCCAACCAUGGAUUUGUUCCUUCAGAAAGGAUGCCCGGUAGAGGUCCGCCACCAUCUCACAUGUUUGGACAAGCUGGAAGUCCACCUCCUGUAUAUCCUGCCCGUGGAUUUGCUCCUGAAAGAAUCUCUAGUAGGCCAUUGUCAUCAUCCAGCAUGUUCAGAGGGAGUAAUCCUGUUAGCUACGAGUAUCCGGAGUAUCCAAAGGGGUCUGGAUCUGCAUACGAAGCACCACCAGUUUACCCUCCUGGUCCGCCACCAGCUGCUUCUGGGUACUCGAGCAUGCCCACCAGUAUGGAAAUCAAGAUUCCAAACAGUGCUGUGUCUUCUGUGCUUGGCGUGGGUGGAAGUAAUAUAUCUGAAAUUCGUCAGAUUUCUGGAGCUAGAGUCAAAUUACACGAUCCACUUCCUGGUUCUUCAGAAUGCAUUGUCGAGAUACACGGGUCUUCUGAACAGUUAAAGGCAGCUCAAAGUCUCCUUCAAGCCUUCGUAGCAUCCGGUGGCCAAAGCUCUGCUCAACCUCCGACGCAACCUCCACUAUACCCUCGAUAUUGAUCUAAUCUGUUAAUCUUGGUCAUUUUUAAUAGUUCUUAUUUACCUUUGAAAUGAUUUUAUGAUUUUAAGUUUAUCGUUUAUUGUUUGUUUGCAUGGGUAUGAAUGGCGGAGUUUCAAUUGGAAUUGGAAAGAGACCAAGAUUUUUAUUGUUUUUAUUCUACUGAUCUUCUGUAAGCUGUGAGCUGUUAUAGAGGGAUUGUUGUGGGUCUCAGCCUCUCAGGAGAGAUCUGAUGCACAUCUUGUAGUGAUGAUAUGAGCGUUUUCAUGCUUGUAUUUUUGUUGUCAUCUCGGAAACUUUUAACUUAAAAGAUCAGAUGUGAUUGCAUGUUAUUUUU